GGCAGCUGGCACCGGCAGCGGCCUCGGGACGCGGCCGACGCGGGCGGCGGGCUCGCGGGCGGAGACGUGGAGCCCGCGGCUGAGCAGACACAGCAGCAGUCAGCAGCAGCAGCCCGCCAGCAGACUGAGUACCGAGCAUGGCGGCGUGGCCGAUCUGCGGGGCGGCCGUCCUACUGGUGGCAGCCCUCUGCCUCCUGCCCGGCAGCGGAGCGCUGACAAUGGGCGGCAUCAGCGUACCGGCGCUGAAAAUCCGCGGGGACGUGGCCCACCUGAGGUGCGGGUACCAGGAGCACGACGGCGAGGGCGCCGGUGCCAUCAACGUCACCUGGUUCAAGGACGGCGUGCAGUUCUACCACGCCGUGAACCAGGGCCUGAACGUGGACAUCACACUCUCCGAUGUGCCCGGCGUCGAGGUCGACAAAGAAGAUUCGGGUUUUCGCUCGCUGACUCUCAAGUCGGUGAAGGUGAACACGGCCGGCAAAUAUCACUGCGUUGCCUCGUCGGCCAAAAACUCGGUGUCUUCGCAGGAGCAGAGCAUGCUCGUGAUAGCCCCGCCCACCUCUGACCCGGUCAUCAGCGGGUUUCGGGAGGCCAUCUGGGUGGCCAACGGUACCCUCGAGAUCAACUGCACCGCCGGCAAGUCCUUCCCGGCAGCCAACAUCACCUGGUCCGUGGACGGAAAACCGGCUGACCAUGGGCGGCUGAUCCGCUGGCCCACGGAAGUUGACGAGGAAGGUCUGCAAACGGCCCGAGUCGGUCUGACGCUACAGCUGGGCCCCGACCCCAGUAAGGAAGAAAUUCACGUGACAUGCGAAGCCGACAUCAAGAAAACGGUUAUCCACAUGGGAACGGACGUUGCUACAAGAGACGACCUUCACUACCGACGGACCACGGAUUCAAAAAUUGGUCCGUCGUCGGGCGCGGCCCGGUGGCCGGUCGGAUGGGCCGCGGCGCUGCUGGUGCUGCUCCCAUCCGUCUCCGCCCGCUGGACGUAGGCGCUGACACCGGGGUUUGGCCAGCGGCACCGUCUGAACGACCAGCACAACUGCUGGCUGCCUGGCCGCGAGCGACUGCUGGAGCUCUGACACGGCCAGGACCAAAGGCUGAACACCUGCCGCUGGACACUGGACCAGCCUUGCUGGACAAGUGAUCGCUCCCCUGCAGUGUAUGUAUGUACCUACUACAUAGGUUAAUUAGAUGGUCCUUUCUGAAGAUGGACCACUCGUCCUUUGGUUGCUGGAUUUCUUGGAUUAUAUAGCACAAUGAUUGACGCGCAAGUUAGAGUGUGUGUGUGGUAAUGACUCUGAGACUAGCUGAUGAGAAAGAGCUCAUCGCCUUUUACAUAUACAAGAGCGUUGAUGAGGCGAACAAUUUUGACGGAUGCAUCGAGUUAAAACACCCGUGUAGGAUUCAUCAUUGCCUUGACAUUAUGGAUGCGUUAAGGCUCCCUGCAAAUGUUUUGACAUCGGCAGUUGAGUUUUGUGUGGUGCGGUUCAGCCUUACCAUGACUUCAAGGGUAAACGCUAUUUUCCGCUGUUUUCCGUUGCUAUUUAAUCAGCUAGUGCAUGAUCUUUGAAAUAUACUUAAUGAAAAUA